UCAUGCGGAGGUUAGAAAAGGGGCGCGCGGCUGAGGGGGCGGUGCAGAGCGGCGGAACAGCGAGAGGACGAUGCGGCUGAGAAUGAUCGGAGCGCAGCGAGAGGGGCGGGGCCGCGAGGAGCCGGGGCCGGGCAGGAAGGCGUCCAGGAGGAAGAGCGUCCUCGUGGGGCAGCAGACGUGAGAGCUGCGGGGAGCGGGGGGACACAGCCCUGUUCUGCUUCUCCUCCCCCACCGUCGUGUCCCUCCAUACCCGGGCGUCCCCUUCAUCACGGGCGCCGAUGGCCGCCGCCGGAGAGCCGCUGUCCGGGGAACUGCCCGCCUGGUUCCUGGAGCUGCAGGAGCUGUUGGCGGCGGCGGAGCCCCUCGAGCCCCCCACCCGCGGGGGGUCACAGCAGGUGAGCAGCACAGGGCCCGCUGGGGACGGACCGAUGGAUGGAGCCCCAUCACCGCUUCCUCCCCUGUCCCCGCAGGAAGAAGAGCCGGCCCUGCCGUGGGGCGCGGGGGUGGGGGGUGGCCCGGCCUGCUGCGAGCUGGAGCAGGCGCCGAGUGCGGAGCUGCCGCAGCUCCUGGGCCCGGACAGUGCAGUAAGCACAGCGCCAGAGCCCCCCCUGCCCCACGGGAGCCCCCGCGGGCCCGGGCAGGUGGAGCCGGGGACCACGGUGCGUGGGGUGAAGCGGAAGCGUGGGGGGGGGGAGCAGCAGGGCGAGCAGCGCGUGCGGCAGCUGAGCGCACACAAUGAGCGGCUCCGGCUCGAGGUCGGGCGGCUGAGCGCAGAGGUGCAGCGCGCGCGGGCAGCGCUGAUCGAGCGUGUCCUCAGCCUCCACCGUGCUUAGCGGGACAGGACACCCCACGGCACUCGGGGGGCAGCCCCACAGCACGGACUGAUUGCUUCUAGCACCCCUGUACAGCAUCUAUGUUUUAUUACACACAUAGUGUCACUGGCA